ACGCUCUCGUAUUUGAUAUGUCGCUGUGAGGAUCUAACAACAUCCCAUACGGGGUCAUCUCAGAUUGAACUUUCUAUUAGCCAAUGAUAUUGCCGAUUCCGUGCUCAUGGCUGAAAGUUCGGAACGUAUAAGACUUACCCACGGCUUACGUAAAUAUCCGAGGUGUCACAAACGAAAGUAUUGCCUGGUUCCCUGUUAGAGUGAGAACCAGGCAACUAAACCUAAACAAAAAUGGCGGAGUCCAUUACGCCAAGAAAACAUUUUUUUCUUGGCGAUAUGUGCAUUGUUUGUGGGUUUUCAUUUGUUCUAAUUGAAAAAACAUCCGACGGAAAGGAGAACAUUAACAAAUUUUACAACAACAAAUUAAGAUUGAAUAAGGACAGAGUGAGUUGUAUCAAAAAGGUAACUGAAACAUCAAUCGACGUCGACAAUUGUUCCAAUGCAGGUGUGUGUCGUAAGUGUUACAGAACGAUCGAAACUAUCUUAAAAACGGACGAAAAAAACAAUGAUGCGAAACAAAAAAUUAAGGACAGCGUUGAUCGCGUACACAGGACCCAGAUCUUAUCCCUGCCAUCCCCCAGACGGAAAAUCAUCACCAAAAGAUUGCUCCGAAGCCCUGAAAAUGUCAGUCGCCCCGCAAAAUCUCUUGCCACAGUAUCUUAUGUAUCGCCUGUCAAAAUAGCUCCAUUCCGUGAGUUGGGGAAUAAAAGUAUCAAACAACAGUGCGAGAUAUCCAGUGUCAUCAACAUCAAAAAUAAAAAUGAGAUGAUUGGGUAUCAUAUAUUUUGUUGAGACUCUGAAGAAAAACAUACCUGGAUGAUCAGAUGUAAGGCUUAAUCUUUUAUACAUAACACAAGACGUGUUUAAUUCUAUCAAAUUAUAAUUUUGGGUCAUAAUGGUAUAUUUACCAAACUUUCAUUUAAAUUUAGAAUGAUUAGUUUAUGCACUGUCAUUUGAUGAUGUGAUCCUGUAAGGACAAUUUAAAAUUUGAGUUACACUAUUAUGAAAUAUUUAAUCAUCAUCCAAAUAGUAGAGAAUUUCUGUUAAUAUGUUAGUAUUUUUUUAUAGGUUAACAUUUAUUAUGCAAGUGGAAAGAAAUCUGCCACAAUUGUAUUUGAGGAGUACAAAAGUAUCUGCAAGGCCUUUGUGGAUCACAGUCCUAAUACAGACCAGAUAAUUGUUGAAAAUAUUGCAAAGCGAGAUAA